CCCCGUUUACGUAUCGCCUAGACGUCCAGCGCACGCAGCAAGUGUGGAGCGGCAGCAUGAGGAGACCUAACUUGCUGUUGACGGGUACUCCAGGCGUUGGGAAAACCACACUCGGAAAAGAGCUGGCAUCAAGAACAGGAAUGAGCUAUGUUAAUGUGGGUGACGUGGCAAAAGAUGGAGAACUGUAUGAAGGUUUUGAUGAGGAGUAUGACUGUCCAAUUUUGGAUGAAGACAGAGUAAUAGACGAGCUAGAAGAUAAAAUGAGUGAGGGUGGAGUUAUUGUUGAUUAUCAUGGCUGUGAUUUCUUCCCUGAACGCUGGUUUCAUAUUGUGUUUGUACUUCGUACAGAAAAUUCAUUUCUCUAUGACAGACUUGAAAGCAGGGGAUACAAGGGGAAAAAGCUGCAAGACAACAUUCAGUGUGAAAUUUUUCAGACACUUUAUGAGGAAGCUCUGUUGUCAUAUAGAAAGGAAAUUGUACACCAGUUACACAGCAAUACUCCUGAAGACCUGGAGAGAAAUUUGGAUCAGAUUAUGCAAUGGAUUGAGCAAUGGAUGAAAGACAACAAUUGACAUUUGGUGCAAAAGAACUCUGCUGGAUCUCUUCUGGGGGUGAGGGGUGUUAAUAUUUGACAAUUGUAAUUCUUGUAUGAUACAUUAAGAUUAAUUUUAUUGU